AUGAAGGAUAUUCUUGUCGCAUACCUCCUGUGGUUCUUCUUGGGCGUCUUUGGAGUCCACAGAUUCUAUUUGAACAGACCAUGCUCUGGUGUUCUCUACUUGUUCACCCUCGGUGUCUUUGGCAUUGGUUGGUUGGUCGAUAUCUGUCUCAUCCCAGGAAUGGUCGAGCAUGAGAACGAGCACUGCCACGCUCACACCAACACUGUUGUUGUCGUUGGUCAGCAGCCAGCCGGUAUUGUUGCCCAGCCAUACCAGGCCCAGCCAAUGUACCAAGCCCAGCCAUACCCAGGUCAGCCAAUCUACGCUCAGCCACAGGCCGGUCUCUACCCAGUCCCAGGCGAGUACGUCCAGCCAUACCAGCCAUCCGGCCCACAGUAA